AUGGAUGCAAAAGGUAAUAAUAUCAACCACAAAAUUAUCUAUCCCCGUUGUUUAAACUCCUCUGGUUGUAUAGCGGUCCUUCCCGCUAGCAGCUCCCACAGUGCGUAUAUUGCUCACUGCAGAAUCUUCUCGGGCUCGCAAAAAACGAGGAAAACUCCACAACAAACGACUUUUGGUAAUAAAGGAGCGAGCAUUAGCAGUGCUAAUCGUUAUGUUGACAACUUUGAAGCCACGCAACCAUUGAAUUCUGCAAAAAAAGAAAGGAGGCUUCCCGGUCGUAGCUAUUUUUCUCUUUGCAUCUACCGUGUUUCAUGUCCUGUGGAUGACUCGAAUGAAGAGCCUCUCUUGUUCUUUGAGGUGAGAGAAAUCCCUCUUUUCUUCGAAAAUUCCUCAUCAGAACCAAAAGUGGAAAAGGAAAAUACGGAAAGCAGCGACCAAGCAAAGGAUCUUUCCCAGCUUCUUGCCAUCGAUACCCUUCAGUGGGCGGGUUUGGGGUUACUCGUCGUCCUGAGCGCCGACAAAGGGGAGGUGCUCCUCGUGCAAACCUCACUUGUGGAAAACAACCAGAAAGCAGAAGGGCUGCCAAUACACCGAAAUUAUAACAAUAAUUAUGAAGAUUUCUGUUGUUUCGACGAAGCUUUCACCGCUGUGGUGCUGCGGGAUGUUAGGGUAAAGACAAUAUCGACAAUUGGAGUGCGGUGGUGUUUGGUGGAUUCCUGUUUCAGUAGUGUGGUAGCUCUUGUAUAUCACUCUUCCGUGCGGUUGAUAAAUAUCGAAUCACCUUCUUCGUUGACGUUCGGUAACUUGCAAAAAGGGAAACUGACAAUUGAGCACAGCCUCUCAAAAAAGUUUACGUCGAUUAGCGCUAAUGCAAUGCCCUAUCUAUUGGAGAAUGAAUUCCAACGAGAAGGAAUUUUACUUUGUGGUUGUGCACAUACUUGCUGCGUGAGUAUCUAUAUCUGGUUAAACCCUAAGAAAGAACCUGAACUUCUUCGCGAGGUGAUGGUGGGCGAGGGGGUGAGUUUUUUUUGCACCACCACGUUUAUUCAAACUGAGAAAACAUCCGCUAAUAUUCUAAAUUUAGCUCAGAAUGACGGAGUUUACUUCGCUAUAGCAGGCUCAUCGCGCAGCCGCCAAGAGGAAGUGCGUAGUGAAGCAUCUGAACGUGUUGUUUUGGAGUCCUCUUCGGAUCCUUCCCCCUCGCCUUUCCUUCUUUCCACGGGAAUCUUCCAAGGAACUGGCGGCAUCCUUGCCGAAAUUGAGGAAAACGUUACGAAGAGUCUUUUCAUGCAAACCACACGUGAGCCACUUAACAUGAUUUACAAUUCCCUUCAAAAGAAAAGCCUGGACAAUGGAGAGGAUAGUGAGGGAUCCCCGCUAGAGAACCUCGCCCCUGCCUUCUCCGUCACGGCCCCGAGCUUAUCUUCUCCUGAUUCGGACUCAUUUAUCUUCCUAGUAUUUAUUCAACAGGGUGAAUACUUUCACGGAAUUAAAUUAAAUGAACUUCCCUCUAAUGCAUUGAAAAUUGCUACGAAACAAUACGCGCUCGACGCCGCGCCGCUCAAAGAAGAGCUUGGAAAACUAGGCAGCUCCAUACGCAUACUUCCUUAUAUGCAAGAGAUAAUUCAUCCUCACCAUGAGAAAUCCUAUCUUUCAGUGGGGUUUUACAGCAAUAAUGGGGUUGUGUGGCUUAAUUUAUCGCAUCCAAACGCAAAGGUAAAGAAUUCCCUUCCAAAUUUACCUUCGGUUGAUUUAGUAGGGAAAUAUCUAGUCCAGGAAGACGAUUCGAAUGACUUUAUCGUUGGAGUGGAUUGGCGUAGCGCCACGAUUACAGGUUUAGAGCAAAAUCACUUUCCGGAGUUAUUUUUGCUAACCCUUCGAGGAAGCUGUAAAAAAGCAAACCAUGAAAAAAAGGAAAAAAAAGGCAAUAAGACCCCAUCGGAAGAAUGCACGUUUGCACUACGACCUUCUAAUACAGUAUGGUCCGGCGAUGGUCUAGAAAUCCUAACGUUAUCUUUGAAUCAACACAUAAAAAAAAAAAAGGAAAGUAAGGGCGAAACCAUUAUUACAGUCAACCUCGAGGAACUCAGCACUUUGAUUCAUAAUAUAGUUCACAAAGAAUCGCAGGCAAUCUUAACACGCUUGGAAAAUCGCUUGGAUCGUCUUGAACGUUAUUUAAUUUCUACUAACCUGUCUGCCAAUGACUCAAAAUGA